AUGCACAACCUACUCACCAUUUUAACCGCAUCGUCCCUUGCGCUCGUGGCGCAUGCGGCUAUCACACAAGCCGAUUUCACCGGCAUCGGCCACAUCCAAGUGCUCGCCUCCGACGACUGGUCAACCGCAACUCCAAACGACACAGUCGGCUGCCUAGACACAUACGGCAAGUUCAUCGCGAGCAACAACACAGACGACUGCGGUGUUUUCUCGCGCCUGGACACGUACCCGUACACGCUCUCCACCGCAGCGGGGAACUGCACCUUCAACGACGAGUCGCAGGAGACGAACGACGACAGCUACUACGGCAAGACAGACCACGCUUGGAACUGCAACGAGACAUACGAGUCUGUCAUCUACGACGAACUGUAUACUAUCGACGGCUUUUCCUACGUCUUCCUCUGCUUCGGCGACAUCGCGUGCUACUACGACGCCAAGCGCCUGCCGGAAGCUAACGAGGAGUUGUCACUGUGGCAGUUCCGCUGGGGAUCCCAACAGAUGGACAUCACGCCCGGACACACCCAAAUGCUGCUGAUGUGGAAUAAGAUCGGCGAGCUGCCGAAGAGGAAGAGCGCGUCAUCUGUUCCGGGGCCGCGUAUGCGGAUUGAGUCUGGGAUGCAGGUUCCACUGCAGGGACAGGGGGCGAGGUCGUGA